GAGGAGGAGGAGCGGCAGCGGGAGGAGGAGGAGCAGCGGGUUCGAGGCCUGGUCCCGGCGGCGGCGGCGGCGGCGGCAUCGAGUUCGAGGCCUUGACGGGCGGGAAGAUGGAGGAGCUGGUCGUGGAGGUGCGGGGCUCCAACGGCGCCUUCUACAAGGCAUUUGUAAAGGACGUGCAUGAAGAUUCGAUAACUGUUGCAUUUGAAAACAACUGGCAGCCUGAGAGACAAAUUCCAUUCCAUGAUGUGAGAUUCCCACCUCCGGCAGGUUAUAAUAAAGAUAUAAAUGAAAGUGACGAAGUUGAGGUUUAUUCCAGAGCAAAUGAAAAAGAACCAUGCUGCUGGUGGCUGGCUAAAGUGAGAAUGAUAAAGGGUGAGUUUUAUGUAAUAGAGUAUGCAGCUUGUGAUGCCACUUAUAAUGAAAUUGUCACAAUUGAGCGCUUAAGAUCUGUGAAUCCCAACAAACCUGCAACAAAAGACACUUUCCAUAAGAUCAAACUGGAAGUUCCAGAAGACUUACGGCAGAUGUGUGCCAAAGAAUCAGCACAUAAAGAUUUCAAAAAAGCAGUGGGAGCUUUUUCUGUAACGUAUGAUUCUGAAAAUUAUCAGCUUAUCAUUUUGUCAAUAAGUGAAGUAACAACGAAGCGAGCAAACAUGCUGAUUGAUAUGCACUUUCGAAGUCUUCGCACUAAGUUGUCUCUGAUAUUAAGGAAUGAAGAAGCUAGUAAGCAACUGGAGAGUUCCCGGCAGCUUGCCUCAAGAUUCCACGAACAGUUUGUUGUACGUGAAGAUCUGAUGGGUCUAGCCAUUGGCACUCAUGGGGCCAACAUUCAGCAAGCAAGGAAAGUCCCUGGAGUCACUGCUAUUGAUUUAGAUGAAGACACCUGCACGUUUCAUAUUUAUGGAGAGGAUCAAGAUGCAGUGAAGAAAGCUAGAAGUUACCUUGAAUUUGCUGAAGAUGUAAUACAAGUUCCAAGGAACUUAGUAGGAAAAGUGAUAGGAAAAAAUGGAAAACUGAUUCAGGAGAUAGUGGACAAAUCAGGUGUUGUGAGAGUGAGAAUCGAGGCCGAAAAUGAUAAAAAUAUUCCACAAGAAGAGGAAAUUAUACCACAAAAUUCCCUAUCUUCCAAUAAUUCAAGGGGUGGACCUAAACCCUCAGAAGCAAAGAAACUCUUAGAUAUAAAGGAAAGCAGCACCCAUUUUUCUCAGCCCAGCAGUACAAAAGUCCAAAGGGUGUUAGUGGUUUCAUCAACUGUAGCAGGGGAAUCACAGAAACCUGAAAUCAAGCCUUGGCAGGGAAUGGUACCAUUUGUUUUUGUGGGAACAAAGGACAGCAUCACCAAUGCGACUGUUCUUUUGGAUUAUCACCUUAACUAUUUAAAGGAAGUAGAUCAACUCCGCUUGGAAAGGUUGCAAAUUGAUGAGCAGUUGAGGCAGAUUGGAGCUAGUUCUAGACCUCCACCAAAUCGUACAGAUAAGGAUAAAGGUUACAUGACCGACGAUGGUCCAGGACUUGGGCGAGGGAGCCGACCUUACCGAAAUAGAGGACAUGGAAGGCGUGGUCCCGGUUAUGCUUCAGGGACUAACUCUGAAGCAUCAAAUGCUUCUGAAACAGAAUCUGACCACCGAGAUGAACUUAGUGACUGGUCAUUAGCCCCAGCAGAGGAAGAAAGGGACAAUUACCUACGCAGAGGAGAUGGGCGAAGACGUGGAGGUGGUGCACGAGGACAAGGAGGAAGGGGUCGUGGAGGUUUUAAAGGAAAUGAUGAUCAGUCUCGAUCAGAUAAUCGUCAGCGUAACACAAGAGAUCCUAAAGGAAGAACAGCAGAUGGAUCACUUCAGAUCAGAAUUGACUGCAAUAAUGAACGAAGUGUCCACACUAAAACAUUACAGAAUACCUCCAGUGAAGGUAGUCGGCUGCGCACGGGUAAAGAGCGUAAUCAGAAGAAAGAAAAAUCGGACAGCGUGGAAGCCCAGCAACCGUUGGUGAAUGGAGUGCCCUAAAUGGAAUCAUUCUCAAGUCACAUUUCCUAUACUGUUUCAGUAAUUCUUAUUCCACAUUAGAGAAACUUUGUUAGGCCAAAGACAAAUAGUAGGCAAGAUGGCGCAGGGCAUGAAAUGAACAGAAAAGUUCUAUUACCCUUUUUUAACAUCAGCUGUAAGCAGUUGUUUUCAGAAUAAGAAGUUAUACAAACAUUUGCAUAAAAUAUCUUGUACUUCUGAAAAAUGCUUUCAAGUACAUAUUGCACUUCAAAAAAUAAGAGGUUUUUUUGUUAUAAAAAUACUGACUGUGCAUUGGUAUAUACUUUCUGUUCAGUUGUACCAUUUUAAUGCAUUGGGUCAAAAUCACUGCUAAAAUUCAUUUUUUUCUGAAUAAAUAGUGUUUGCAGUAAUCAAAUUGGGCUUCUGUUUUCAAUCUAACUUGGAAGUUCUUCAUGAAAUGCUAUGUCGUUUCAUGUCCUGUGUCAGUUCAUGUUUAGGUCCGCUUUUCCAAUAUUUUAGUGGACCCUGAAAUAUGUGUGAUGUAACAAUUGUCAUUUUCAUUAGCAAAAAAAAAAUAAAAAAAGUUGUAUGAUCUGUGCCUUUUUUAUAUCUUGGCAGGUAGGAAUAUUAUAUUCGGAUACAGAAAUCAGGGAAGAUGAGUUGGAAACACUAAAUGUAAAAUAUAUGUAGCAAACCCUGUCAGACAUUAGUACUUUAUAGAAGAAUGCAUGCUUUCCAUAAUUUUCUUUACAUAAACAUCAGGUUAGGCAGUAUAAAGAAUAGGAUUUUUUUUUUUUUUUGCACUGAAGAUUGGCAGAUAGUGUUAUCGAGGGGGAAGUGUAAUUUUUCUUUAUAGACAGGAUGAGAAAUAACUAUCUUUCCUUUUGAAAGAGUCAGAAUCCUUUGACUAGGAACAAAUCUUCCUGCUCAUGAGCUAGAGGAAUAUGCCUGCUGUUUGGCCAGAUGACCAAUUUAAACUUAGAGCCUUUAUUAUUUCACCCUCCCAAAAUAAGUGGAAUUGUUUUUCAUACUUUUAAUUUCAAGCUUAUCUCAGGGGAGGUAGGAAGGUAAUUUCCAUGUGUGAUUGAUACCCUUUGCAGUGCAGGUGUAUUAUGUCUUAAGUAACAUUGGGGGCAGGUUAAAUUUAAGUUUUGAAGUACAAGGUUUGAUCCACAAGAAGAAUUAGAAGGCAUUCUAGAAUUUGACAGGUCGAUAAAUAAAGCGGGAAGGGGUGUGGUAUAAUUAUCCUUUUUCAUUUUUCUUCUUUUGGAUCAAGAUUGAAAUUUACUGGGGAAAACUGUGAGAGGGCCUUCAUUUUAAGAUGUUCUAUUUUUCUUAAAAUUACUCCAGUAGGGGAGCCACUGAUUAUGUACAGAGCUGUACAAACCUGAACCUGCCUCUGAUGUGUUUUGUGAGUUUUGUUUCUUUGCUUUUUCAUUCAACUGUUACUUUUCCUUGCAUACAAGUAAGCAUAUAAAAAAUGGCAACAAACUGCACAUGAAUUAACAAAUAUAAAAAUGUCUUAAAAAGUAUUGCCAAACAUUAAUGUUGAUUUCUAGUUAUUUAUUUUGGGAAUGUAUAGUAUUUGAAAACAGAAAUUGGUACCUUGCACACAUCAUCUGUAAGCUGUUUGGUUUAAAAUACUGUAGAUAAUUAACCAAGGUAGAAUGACCUUGUAAUGUAACUGCUCUUGGGCAAUAUUCUCUGUACAUAUUAGCUACAACAGAUUGGAUUUUAUGUUGACAUUUGUUUGGUUAUAGUGCAAUAUAUUUUGUAUGCAAGCAGUUUCAAUAAAGUUUGAUCUUCCUCUGCUAACUGAUGUUGAUGCAAUCUUUAUAAAUGAUUGCUUUUAAAAACAACUUAUAAAAUAGGGAAAGAAGCCUAUAAAAAUAUAUUCUAUGUUACAAAGUUUAACUGUAACCGUUGCUAUUUAACAUGUUGUAGAAAGUUUCCAGUUGCCUACCAGUUUUCAAUAAUCCGGCAGAGUGCUCAACGAAAUAAGAUGUCAUUGGUGAAAUGGUACAAAACUUUGUCCCAUUACAAUAUGCACUAUAUGUAUAUUUUUUACACUCCAAGGCUGAAAGUUUAGUAAGGCGCUAUCUAGCUUAAAUGUGAAUUACUACAACUGUAAUUUGAUAGGUUCAUCACAUGCUGUUUUAAAAUGGAGGUGGGGUAAAGAAACAUUUUACAGUAUUUGUGUGCUAAAGUUAAACAUGUAUGUCAUUCAGUUCAAAAUCCUGAUGUUUUUUAAGUCUUAUUAAAUAAUUUCAAAAAUCUGAAAAUUGUAAAUCUAGAUGUAAAAAUUUAUUAAAAAAUCAUGCUUGUGACAAAGCAAAAAAA